AUGUCGUCGUCAGAGGGCGCCCCGGAGUCGUGGAUCUCCUCCUUUUGCUCGCUCAUGGGCCAUGAGUUCUUUGCAGAGGUCUCGGAGGAUUUCAUCGAGGAUGAUUUCAAUCUGACUGGAUUGCAGUCUCAAGUGCCCAUGUACAAGGAGGCAUUGGAGAUGAUUCUGGAUGUGGAACCGGAAGAUGAUGAGGAGGAGGAGGAAGAAGAAGAGGAAGAGGAAGAUGAGGACGAGAUCCUGGGUGAUGAGCGACCUCUGGCGUACCGGAGGGCCGGCGAUCGUCGGCAUACACGUGUGGCGAGCGACUUGAGUGUUAUCGAGAGCUCUGCAGAGCUGCUGUAUGGGUUGAUCCACCAGCGAUACAUCACCUCGCGGCCUGGUAUUCAACAGAUGCUUGAAAAGUACGAAAUGCAACACUUUGGAGUGUGUCCGCGCGUGAAUUGCGGUGGGUGCAAGGUCCUCCCCGUGGGCCGAUCCGACACUCCUGGCCAAGAAACCGUCAAGCUCUUCUGCCCAGGCUGUUUGGACAUCUACACCCCACCCAACAGCCGGUUCCACUCUGUCGAUGGUGCCUUUUUUGGCACCACCUUUGGAUGUCUUUUCUUUAUGACUUUCCCCGAUCUCAGCGUCGGCCCACGCCUCGACGGUCCUCUGGCUGCUGCCGGUCGCUCCUCAUCCACACCUGCCAGCGCACAAUUCCUCAACGAACCCCCCACCCCCGAAGAACAGCCGGCCGAGAUCAACGGCAUGCAUACCUCCAACUUCUGUCCUGGUCUCGGGCGCGGAAAGAUCUACGACCCAAAGAUCUACGGAUUCAAGGUUUCCGAGGUGUCGCGCGUCGGCCCGCGGAUGAAGUGGCUUCGUAUGAAGCCAAGGGAUAUCUUUGAGGUGGAUGAAGCUCGCAAUUACGAGCUCUAUGCCGCGGAACGGGAUCAUGAAGUGAGGGAGAAUGAGGCACGCGAACGUGAGGCUGACAAUGAUGGUGAUAUGGAAAUGAAUGCUGAACAAUCACAAGAAGCGGCAAUCGCGAAUCGAAAAAAGGCCCCCAUGCGCCGUCGACGACAGACGCCCAGCCAGACGGCUCCUUCGGACCAGAUGAGCGUGCAGAGCACUGAGAUUGGUUGA